AUGAAUGCAUCUGAAAGCAAUGAACUUCGCUUCCUUAAUAAAAACAAGGCUGCUAAACGGGUAUUACUCUGGCAUGAUACCAGACACAAACCUGAAGGUUACAACAAGUGGGAGGCGGCGCCACUGUCAUAUAUAAAGCUCUGGACACUUACCCGUGUUAUCAGUGUGGCUACCAUACUCAACACAACUACAACCAUGCGUUUCUUUUCUAUAUUGACUGUGUUGGCUGUGAUGGUGGCCGUCGCCUAUGGUUCUCCAGCACCUGGAAUUAUAUAUGGUGGUCGUAGUAUUGGCUUCGGUGGAAUCGGCCAUGGAAUCGGUUUGGGAGGGAUUGGUGGCGGCUUUGGUGGCUUUCGGGGCGGCUUAGGUGGUUUUGGCCACGGUGUAGGCGGUUUUGGUGGUGGAUUGGGAGGAUUCGGUGGUGGCUUGGGAGGAUUUGGCGGUGGCUUCGGCGGAUAUGGCCGACGAUAUGGUGGAUAUGGCUAUGGAAGGUGAGACUCACGUUUACUCCAGCUGACCGGUCCCCAUGACAUCACUAACUGUUCAUAAUAUUUUUUAAUAAAUAUAAAUAUUUCCAAUGCGAUGUAUCAUACUACCUUCAUCAUUUUAGCUGAUGACUUACAUAACUUAACACUGUUUCUCGAGUUUGUUUUUGUGAACCACUCAGAUGUAUUAUGAAUGUAAACUGGUUCAACCGAAAACUUUCGAGAAUUCUUACCACAGUCAUGCUCAUUGCAUUACUUCCUAAGGGUUUAGACAAGUGUUUACAUAUACACUUGAGAAUU